UAUAUAAGACCCGACACUGUCUCCCCAAAUCACACACGUUCCACAAGUUUCCAAGAAACCAGGAAAGAUGAAGUUGCUCAUUGCUCUCGCCGCCGUCGCAGCCGUGGUCGCAGCCAGACCCGGGUACUCUAGCUACGAUUCAGCCCUCAGCUACGACGGACACGGCGCAGGGUACGCCGGCUAUCACGGCCCUGCUGCACCCCUCGCUCACGAUGGACGGGUCGUCGAGACACCCGAGGUCGCUCACGCUAAGGCUGCUCACCUCGCCGCUCACGCUGAGGCCGCCGCCAAGGCGUCCUGGGGCGCGCCGGCCGACGAAGACGACUACGGUCACUCCGGUCACCUAGUCGGCUACGCCACCCCCGCCGCUUACGGUGAGCACUCGGCUCACGCUGGGCACGGAUACCACGGUCCCCCCGCCCCCCUCGACCACAAGGGUCGCGUCAUUGACACCCCCGACGUCGCUCACUUGAAGGCCGCUCACCUGGCCGCUCACGCCGAGGCUCUGGCCAACGCUCACCACAGCGGAGGCUACGAGGGCGAAGGCUAUUACGGCGGCUCUGCAGAGCACGGCUUCGCAGCUGGUGCGGGUCACGCGGGUCACGCGUAUCACGGACCUCCCGCCCCCCUUGCUCACGACGGCAGAGUCGUUGACACCCCCGAAGUUGCUCACGCCAAGGCCGCUCACUUGGCCGCUCACGCUGCAGCCAGCGACGCGCAUGGACAUGGCUACUACCACGGCUACGCGCCGGUACCCGCUGCCUACAACAAGUGGUUCGUGCAACCGUUAUUUACAAUCAAUGAAGCCAUUUCAUUCCCACAAUUGAACUUAUUCCGUGCCGGGAAACAAGCAAUCAACGCAAUGCAAAACAGUAUUCAUAUAGACCUGAAAUACCUCAGUGCAGUUCAAGGAUCAUAUCCUAGUGUACAUGGACAUGUAUACACAUGGGGCACGUAUAUUCCACCAGAUAUGCGAACAACCACUCGCUGCAAGACACAAAGAAAACCGUCGUCAUUUUGUCAAAUCGGGAAUGCCUUCGAUUGCCCUGAUGGAAUUAAUUACGAGGACAUCGUUCUUCCUCUUCCGCGUUGGAUCGUGAAGGACGAAACAUCCAUUCUUUACUCCCCUAAUGCCAAGACAGCCAAGGACGCGUAUAAAGAGAAUACCUGCACAGCAUCCCUAGCAAAACCGAGAGUGUUGGCACAAAAUCUUCGAUUUCACGGGAGUUGGCAUGUGCCGGGUGACCUCGGUCUCUGGCACCCGGAUCCCGGGAACGACACAUGCACACAUUAUGGGGAGGUGCUAUCGGCAAUCAGGAGCAAAUUACAGAAGCCGACGAGAGGCGGAGUGACAAUGAUAGUAUGCCGUGUGUAUUCAGCACAGUGGCUGCUGCUGUUGCUGCUGUCAUGCGGAAACAUUCGACGGCCUUGGCGGUCAAAUGAUGUAAAAGUAAACCGUCAAUCGGGAUAUCGGCAAGUGGGGAAGCAGCACGCCCAAACGAUGCAAAAAGAAUGCAUUGAAUUUCCUAGUAAUAAACAUUCCCGUAGAAAACUUGGAUUAGAUGUAAUUAGCACGUGGCGCUUCGAUGAACGGCACUGUUUUCACCGUAUAGAUCCAAUAAAAGGCAUCAGAGUCGAGGGUUCCGCGGUCAUGCGUGUAACACAUUUUUCCAAACACAAUUUGGAUGAUGUUAAUUUUGUUAUCUGGGCAGAUAAACGUCACGCGUUUAGUAUAAAUGGUACAAUAGAUUCAGCCAACAUAUCAAACCGUGACGCCGAUCCUACCAUCCAUCCAAAAAGAACAUUCAUGAAUCGUGAAUUUAGUUACAUUAUGAGGUUUCCAGAUCUCCAGCUUCUCGAGGAACAAUUGAGAGACAUACCGAACUCGCACCUCGUCAUCUAUCUCUCGAAUCGCGCGUAUGUACAUAAAGGCUCUCCGAGGCGAGAGCGAGGGGUUCGGGGGCCCGAGGACCCUCAAUGUAAUGUCAAUGCCAUAAUAUUAUGUGUAACAUUAGAACGGGGCGGGGUUCCAGGUCGAGUACUGGAUAACCAGCAGCGCUUCAACCUAAGAAACAUGAAGGUCUUCAUCGUCUUGUCCGCUCUCGCCGCUCUGGCCGCCGCCUCCCCAUCGGCAAUCGUGCCCUACGGCUACCACGCGGGAGCCCCUCUGGGUCACGAUGGUCGCGUAGUCGACACCCCUGAGGUAGCUCACGCCAAGGCUGCCCACCUCGCCGCCCACGCUCACGAAGCCGCCAAGACCGCCGGAUACGGACAUGGAGUCCACGGAUGGGCCGCCCCUGUCGCUCACGCCUGGGGUGCCCCGGCCUACGGAAACGCUUACGGAUACGCUGCCGCUCCCCUCGCCGGUGCUUGGGCCGCCCCUGCCCUCGCCUACGGAGGACAUUACGCCCACGGCGCUCCCCUCGGUCACGACGGACGCGUCGUCGACACCCCUGAGGUAGCUCACGCCAAGGCCGCCCACCUCGCCGCUCACGCUCAAGAAGCCGCCAAGACCGUCAGCCACGGAUACGGAGUCCACGGAUGGGCCGCCCCUGUUGGUCUCGCCUACGCCGCCCCUGCUGUCUACGGACACGGAUACGGACAUGGACACGCCGCCCCCAUCGGACACGACGGCCGCGUCGUCGACACCCCCGAGGUCGCUCACGCCAAGGCAGCGCAUUUCGCCGCUCACGCCGAGGCCAACUCCCGUGCUCAUUACUGGUAAAUUACAACUGGAUGAAGAUAAUUGAUCUUUUACUGCAUACCUCGCCGACCACCGUCUUGCCUCUGGGCAACCCCCUUUUUAUACAUAGGAUAUUGGAAAACAAUGUGACACGCAUCGGGCUUUUCCGACGUGCCCGCUAAAAUAGAAAAGCUUAUUUUUUAUCAAAAACAAAAAACCAACAAAAAAAAAAAAAAAACAAACAAAAGCCGCAAAAUUACAUACAAAAACAAAACAAUACACCCAACGCUUUUGGUAUACAGACUGAACGAUGUCUUUUUUACACAUACUUAUGCCUAUUUUACCGAAUGAUACCUUCCGUUUCAUACGAUAUGUGGAAUUGAUGUAACUCAUUUCUAUUAUUACUGUUGAUUCUGUAUAACGAUGUUUUAUUGAAAAUCAUAUAAUCAUUAAAGAGCAAUAUGUUUUAAAACAU